GUUGUUUAAAGUGUUUAUCUUUUAUUUUUUUAACCGUACGAAAUGCGAAAUCUUUCGUAACAGUAAGGUAAGAGUGAAGAUAGACGAUACUCGGGGCUAUGAUCUCGCAACAGGCUUUGAUGGAUGGAUGCGCUAGAAAGAUUUCAUUUAGAACAAGAAGGAAUGUUCUUUACACUUAAAUCCGAAAUGUCCAGCAAACGGGACUGUCGUUUAAGUGUUAUUCGUAACGUUAUAGAAAGGAAAAAAUAAAUUAGAUUAUUCUUUUAUUCGAAAAUUAACGACUGACGAAACGGAUUCCUAUUGAUGUAUCCAACAAAACGAGAUCGUGUCGACGUAACCAAUGGCUUUUUGUGACGUCACAAAGAGGCGUAUCGUAGAUUUUUAUUUCGUGUGUUCUGUUCGAGAGAACGAUUUCGACCUUCGACCGUUGCAGCUAGUUGUCGUUAAUGUUAGAUAAUUUCUUUGGCUCAUGGAUAACACCGGUGAGGUUAGAGUCCCGUCUGUACCGGGCACGGAUAAGAAAGAAAACCCAACAGUAAGUGUGACUUGUUCGAUUAACCGUUGUAUGGAUAAAGUCUCGUCGUCCCCAGUCGUUCGGAGGAAAGAACAAGAAGAUUCCUCCGGUAAUCAAAGUAGCGACAGCGAUAACCUGGAUCUAUCGGGUCAUAAACACAACAUCGAUAGUUACAGAUGCAAAGAUGCGACUGGGGAAGGUCAAAAUGCGUUUGUGGUUCCCGAUAAAGAACUAGUCGACAAGAUCAACGGACAGAUCGAACAGUACUUUUCCGACGAAAAUAUUUUAAAAGAUCCUUUCCUCCUAAAACACGUCAGGAGAAACAAGGAAGGAUACGUGAGUUUGAAGUUGAUCGCAUCGUUUCGGAAGGUGAAAUCCUUGACCAAAGACUGGAGGGUGGUGGCCCACAGCCUGAAGCAGUCGCUCAAACUGGAAGUUAACGAAGAGGAGACCAAAGUCCGACGCAAGGAACCGCUUCCCGCACACGACGAGACCACCGUAUCGCGUACGGUGGUGGCUUACAACCUACCCUUCGUAAAGCCCACGGUAGAGAACGUGGGAGAGAUCUUUUCUAAAUUUGGAGAAAUCUCCCUGAUCCGCAUCCUCCGUCCGGGCGCUUCCGUCCCUCCGGAAGUCAAGAGAUUAAGUAACAAACAUCCGGAGAUAAGUUCGGACGUUUGCGCGUUGAUAGAGUUCGAAACGUACGAAUCGGCGCUCAAGGCCGUCAAACCUAUACCCGAUUACGUCGACCUGCAAGUUGUACCCAUCGUUCAGAGGGUACCGAAGAAAGAAAACUCGACGCAGAAGGUCUCUCCUCACGUCGGUUCGCAGUCGGAUAAGAACGGCGAAGGAGGCAAGAAGAAGAAACGUGGCAAGAAACCGGACAGACUGGAAGAGAUAAGGGGGGAAGAAAGCGAAUCUCCGUUCGUCAGCAGUUGUUCGGAAGCCGAAAAUUCUCCCAAACCCAGGAAACGUUCUAGCGGUUCGGUCGGAUCCUGUUAUCUAGCUCAAUAUAGAAACGAAUGCAACGGCUAUCGACGAGGAAGCUUCGGAAACACCAAAUCGCCAGUAAACAGCCCGGUUGUGAUUCGUAGGUGUUUCACUAACACGUCAUAUAGACCUAAAUCACAUAGUUAUUGCGAAGGUGAUCUGAUGGCCUCCCUGUCGACGUCGGGCUCCUGGAUACAGAAGCGACCCGUAACCGCCAACGGACAUUUUAAUAAUAACUGCAUCAAUUCGCGACUUCUCAUUCCCGAAGGCGUCAUUCGUCUUCCGAGAGGCCCCGACGGAACCAAAGGAUUCAAUUCCAACCGCACUCAUCAGUUCGCCAUUGUCAAUUACUAGCUGUCGAAGGUCCGAAUCCAAUUGUAAAUACACCGCUAUCGUUUACUUUAAUCGAUCUUCGACAAAUGUGUAAAUAGUUCGAUUCUUCUGAUGCUUUUUGCUAAAAUUCAUGUUACGUAGUUCUCGUGAUCUGUUUUUUUGUUCCAAUAAAUUAAUCAAAUAGCGGCAAUUAUUUUCUAUUGACGUUUAUUUUCAAAAACCUAACCCGUUAUUCUCAUAUCUGCU